AUGUUUGGCUAUAGCAAAGAAGCAGUUAGAGUGAAAGUCAAGAAAUGUGAGGGGAAACUGCAGCCAGAAUUAAGAAAGUUUUCAGUGGAUCCACAAAUUACUUCACUAGAGGUCUUACAAAGUAUUUUGAUUAAGGCUUUUGAUAUUAAAUCUGAUUUCACACUAUCCUUUAGAACUCUAGAUGAUUAUGGCCAAGAGAUUUAUUUGCCACUUCUUUCUGAUUGGGAUCUUGAUGCUGCUUUUCUCAAGGCUCAUAAUAUAGCUUUGAAUCAGAAAUCGGAACCAUGUGUCCAACUGAGAGUAGACAUGAAACCAUUUGCUGAAGCAUCAGAGGACUGGGAACCCCCUAAUAUCAAUCCCACUUCAACAUUGAUCCCUCCUACCAAAGAACUACCUACUAUUUGUCCAGCACCACAACAAAUUGAAAAACAGGAAUCUCAAACUGGUUUCCAAGGAUUAAUAAUGAAUCAGGUGGAACGAACAUUUAAUAUGGUGUCAAGGGCACUUAAUUUGUAUGAUGAUCCUAACACCCCGCCACGGCCACCACUCAAUGAUAUAGAAUUCAGAGCUUUUCUUGAUGCAGUAGGCCAAAUCAAUAAUACUUCUAAGUUAAGGGAAGUUAUUUACUGUGGUGGAAUUGAGCCUAGCUUAAGGAAAGUUGUAUGGAAGCAUAUAUUGAAUGUAUAUCCAGAUGGCAUGACUGGAAAAGAACGAAUGGAUUACAUUAAAAGGAAAGCCAAUGAAUAUUAUACUCUCCGGGCUCGUUGGAAAGAUUGCAUUCAAAAGGGAAAGGUUAGUUCUGAUCUAGCAUAUGUUACAAGCAUGGUCAGAAAAGACGUUUUACGAACUGACCGUCAUCACAAUUUCUACGCCGGUAGUGACGACAACCAAAACAUCGCAUCGCUUUUCAACAUUUUAACAACUUAUGCUUUAUACCACCCCACGGUAAGCUACUGUCAAGGCAUGUCCGACCUGGCCUCACCAUUGUUGGUAACUAUGGGGGACGAGGCUCACGCUUAUAUCUGUCUCUGUGCUCUAAUGACAAGACUUUACCCAAACUUCUUACUGGACGGCGAAGCGAUGACAUUAAAGUUUAGUCAUUUGACAGAGUCUUUGCAAGUGUACGAUCCCGAUUUUUACAACUACCUGAAGUCGCAACAGGCCGACGAUUUGUUGUUCUGCUACCGAUGGCUGCUGUUGGAAAUGAAGCGCGAGUUCGCCUUCGACGAUGCCCUUAGGAUGCUCGAAGUACUUUGGGCAUCGCUACCUCAACGAACCCCGUCUACGGAGAUAUUGCUAAAAGAGAAAGAAUUUGAUCCCACUAUAGAGGAGGCCAUUGACCCGCCUCCUUUAAGCCCUUUGGUCAAAGCUCCGCGGGAGAAUGCUUACACUAAAGUGUGUGCAAUACGACGACAAAGCUCAAGUUUUAGUCUAGCAAGUGUAAAAGCACCCAAGCUCGUCACCACGAAACAAGCUAACCACAGUCUAGAUGAGAACGUUACUCGUAAGGUGUCAACUAAUAGUCCUUUAAAACAUGCAAAGGAGUUUCAAAGCCUGGACGAUGCUGCUCUGCAUACUGAGACAACGCCAAAGGACCAACUUGAAAGUAUAAUUGAUGGUAGCAAAGAGGAUAACUCAAGUGCUAAAAUAACUAAAGUGUUGCGAAGUGUACCUGAACACGUCAAGUGUUCAGAAACUCAUGACGCAAUCGUUACUGAUUGGUCAAGCGCUGAAAACUUAGUAAAUGACCCUAGUAAGCCGAAGAUUAAAAUGAUCAAAAACUUGAACGAAUUUCUUAACUUUGCAACGGGAACGAAACCUAGUGUAUGUAAACAAGAGAAACUUCAACGAACGCAAUCAACAAUAGAAAACCGUAGCCCAUGUCCAAAAAUAACUUUAACGAAAACAUCUUUCGAUGAAAAUGAUUUAUCAACUCAAACUGAUAAAUCUCAAAAAAGCAGCAAAACUAACAGAUCUUUUCUAUCUGAUUCCAACGACGGAAGUAGUCCCGAUGAUUCACAAGAGUACUAUCCAAUGACAACUUCGAUGACACGUGAACUAAGGCUUGAGCUGGAAUAUUUGGACCGACAGGUCUUUGGACCGUCUUAUAUAAACCGACGCAGUAUGGUAUGCGAUUCACCAUCUGAUUCAACCAGUACCGAGGAGAAACCAACAAAUAACUACACAGAACUUAAAUCAGAAUGUGUCACCGCGUUAGAAGUUCAAACGGAGAAUGUAGAAUCACUUGAAGCGGUGAAGAAGUCCCCGGUGUUUGAGACUUUCAAAUCGAAUGCCAGGAGUGCGGAAGACAUCUAUCUAUGGGAGAACCCGCUUCACAGGAAUACACCGACAACUCGCACUACUGCAAGCUGUCCUCAAACUCCGGACGAACAAGCGGAAUUAGACUUUGAUGGCGACACUGGAGAAAUUUUUGAAGAACACUCCGGUAAAAAGUCUAUAACGCCAAUUCGCUUGCUACGAAAGAACCAUUCAUUGGAACCGCAAGAUUUGUAUCGAGAUAACAGUAAGCAUUCCGAAACACAUUCCAGUGAAUCAGAUUCUUCUGAAAAAGACGGCUUAGAGUCAAGCAACACAGGCACAUUAAAAAAUAAUCAUCCGUGUCCCGCAACGAAUUCCAAGUCGAAUAAAUUUUUCUCUAACAUGUCCCAUGAGUUAGAAAAUGCAAAAAGGAAUUGUGAAUCAAUCCUAACCGCUAAGCAAUCCAAUUUGCAUAGUGUAACGUCGACGAUUAACAAUUUCCAAAGGAAAUACGAAGUAUUCAAACCUCCUGUGGCAAGAUCAGCCGCGUUCAGUUCUACGAGCAAUGAAAGCUCUACUAAAAUCAGUAUCAGCAGUCUUCCAGCACCGACUGUUUUCGGGGGAGGCAACCCGUUUUUGAUGUACCUGUGUUUGACGGUAUUGCUACAACACAGAGAUUAUGUCAUGAGAAAUCGUAUGGACUACAAUGAGCUGGCAAUGCAUUUCGAUAAAAUGGUUCGAAAACAUAAUGUUAACAGGGUAUUAAAUCAGGCGCGGCAGAUGUACGCUAUAUAUUUGAAGCAACAAGCACAUAAGACUGGCGAUGUAACUACU